AUGGCUUCUGAUCAUGAAGCCGCCCGCCGAUCACCGGUGUCAGGGCUGACUAAACUAAUGAAGGAGCAAAGCCUGACUGGCAGUACCUUAUCAGGGAAGAAUACGGACAGCAAAGAACUCGGACCCAACGAAACGGCGAAAAAUUCCUCUGAAAAUCUACCUGAACUGGUUACAUUCCAUGAUGAGAUCUCUAAAGAAAAUAAUAAAGGCCACGGCGAUGAUGAAGAUGACUCUUCAAACGGUUUGUACAUCGAGAGGAGACCAAUACCCCCCAAAAUCGAACGGCAGCAGUCUAAUUUGACAAGCUCUUUGGGAUCACUUUCAUCAAGUAUUCCAUUUUCUGCUCCUGGAGGAAGGGGUUCAAAUAGUAUUGGUUCCAACCCACUUUAUGGAUCAGGAAAUCCGGGAGGCCUGUCCUUUACCCCCAACCUGGCCAAUGGUAAUUUAAUCCAGAGUACUCACAUAACAUCACCAAAUGUUUCCAGUUCUGCUUCUAUUGAACCAAGAUUUAUUAUUUCUAGACAGAAAGUGCAACAAUCCCAAAAUUUUCAUAAUUCUGUGUCCCGUUCUGGCUCUUCAACCAAUUUUUUCUCAAGAUCAAAAAAGAACUCCAUCGUUGGAUUGGACCCUUUAUCUCCAAUGGAGCACCGUGUUACUUAUUCUCAUUCUCCUUCUUCUAAUUCAAGCGGGGAAAGUGCUGGUAGACAUUCCUCGAUGGCCGAUUUGCGUCGUUUUUUUAAAAGAAGUACCAGCAUAUCAGGACAUCAACCUCGUGCCCUUUCGACUACAUCGUCAAGGCAGCAUUCUCCUGUCGGCUCUCCUGGAACCGUUAAUUACACAUCCCAGCCCACAAUCCAAACUACAAACGCACAUACGUCUACGACACCCAGUAGCAUUAGUAUCGUUGGAAACGGAGCAUCCAGGAGAUAUCCAAGUUCCAGUGCUUCUCUUCAAAGAAAUGAAAGCUAUACAGCCGUGAGCAAUAUGGGCAGUGGUAAUUUGAAUUCAAACAGCUACUCCCAGAUGAUAAUUGGUGGUAAUGCUCAACCGACAGUACCUUUUCACAAAAGAUACGUCAAAUUUGGUGACAGUUUAGGUGCUGGUGCAGGUGGCCAAGUGAAGCUUGUGAAAAGAACUUCUGAUAACCAGAUAUUUGCUCUGAAAGAGUUUAGACCCAAAUAUUCAAGCGAAUCCAAACGUGAAUACACCAAAAAAAUCACCGGUGAGUACUGCAUUGGUUCAACUUUGCGACAUCCCAAUAUUAUCGAAACUAUAGAAAUAUCUUAUGACAAUGAUCGCAUGAUGCAGGUUCUAGAAUACUGUGAUUAUGACCUUUUUGCUAUUGUCAUGUCUAAUCAAAUGAGCCGUCCUGAGAUUGACUGUUGUUUUAAACAGAUUCUCAAUGGAAUCAAAUAUUUGCAUGCUAUGGGACUGGCACAUAGAGACAUCAAGCUUGACAACUGUGUAAUCAACAAGGAGGGAAUUGUUAAGCUGAUCGACUUCGGAUCUGCUGUCGUGUUUUCCUACCCUUUUUCCAACACUCUUAUCGAGGCUCAAGGAAUCGUCGGGUCAGAUCCUUAUCUUGCCCCAGAAGUUUGCAUUUUCCACAAAUAUGACCCCAGACCUGUAGAUAUAUGGUCGGCAGCGAUGAUAUAUUGUUGCAUGGUUCUGAAAAAAUUCCCUUGGAGGAUUCCCAAGCUGACUGACCUUAGUUUCAAAGCGUUUGCAACACGUCCAGAAUCAGACUCGCUGAACGAAUUACUUAAGAAAGUACCCCCUCCACCAGGAUACGAAAACAAGCCCGAGAGCGGUCCGGCCAAGGCUUCGGUGGCUUCAACCUCUCCUAAACAUAUAUCAACUGCUCCUCCUUCAAACCACACUUUUAAUGAACUUGGAGAAGGCCGGUUAUUGAAUGCUCUUCCAGAAGAUUGUCGUCCACUUAUCGGAGCCAUGGUAGAGCUAGCUCCGGCCUGUCGUAUUCAAAUCGAUGAAUGCUUCAAAGAUCCAUGGUUUGAGAGCUUGGAAAUGUGUACCAUAGAAGAUGGAGUUGUAAUUCAUUCAAAAUCUCAUACACAUACUCAGGUGGAUCAAAGUGUGGCCCACAUUGCAUCCUUAGAAAAGAAAAAACAGAGGAGGUAA